AUGAGUACAUCAAGCCCUUUUGGUCUCAAAGAAGCCACCAAGACGCCUGAUGAAAUCCGAGGAGAGACCCGAAAAGAACACGAUAAGAGUCCGAUAUGGCAGGCAGCCAUUGAUAGAUAUUAUGAAGAGUUGAGAAAGGGAGGAGUCAAACGCCCAACUAUUGAUCGCGAUGUUUGGAGCAUCCAUAGCCCGGACGACCUCAUUCAACAAAUAAAUGACUUUGCACCGGCCAAUUCCAUGGUCGGAACUCUGCGCAGACUCGAACCCAUACUUCUUAGUCUCAAUGAUUUUGCGGCAGUCGUCACAUUGGCUCUGGGGAUGCAGGGUCAAGUUGCAGCACUUAUCUGGGGAUCUAUGAGACUAAUUCUAAAGGUAGAAAAGCGAAAUCCGAAGCAAACGAAAUUGUGA